GCCAAAUCCUGCAGACAGAGCCAGCAGACGGGUCUGGCUCCCGCUCCUGCUCCCUCUCUCCCUCUGUGUGUACCACCUCAGACACUCAGCCCGUCAGUGCGUUCCCUCUCUGUCUCACACACACGUACACACAGACAGACAGACACACACACACACAGAGAGACACAGACACACACACACACACACACACACGCAGCGGAUCCAGGCGCAAGUGAGUGUGUCAGAGUUCCAGAGAGAGAGGGUGGACCCUGGAGUUAACAAACGCACAAAGAGAACAACUUCAAUCAAGCAGAGCCGCAGAUUCACUGCCCCCCUACCCCCAAACCUCCCCCCCCCUCCCUCCCUUCCUCCCUCCCUCCCUCACCAGCCCUCCACAGGACAGAGUAUGGCUGGAAUCUGUUGCAUCUGCAGGCUCUGUGCUCUGUUCGGGAUUCUGUCCACUCUGCUUCCCUCCUCGGCCAAUGCCUUCAGCCCUGAGGCCUGGCUGCAGCAGUAUGGCUACCUCCCUCCUGGUGACUUGCGCAUGUCCACGAUGAGGACCCAGCAGACCGUGUCCGAGGCCAUCGUCUCCAUGCAGCGUUUCUACGGCAUUCCUGAGACAGGGAGAUUUGAUGAGCAGACAGUGCAGUGGAUGAAGAAACCCCGUUGCGGCGUUCCGGACAAGUUUGGGCCCAUCUUGAAAACCAAUGUCCGGCGAAAACGUUUUGCCAUCCAGGGCCUGAAGUGGAACCAGGCGGAGAUCACCUUCAGCAUCCAGAACUUCACACCCAAGGUCGGGGAGUACGAGACAAAGCGGGCCAUCCGACGGGCGAUUGGGGUCUGGGAUAAACUCACCCCCCUCAACUUCCGGGAGAUCCCCUAUUACCAGAUCGAGUCCAGGGCCCAGCAGUUCGCCGACAUCAUGAUCUACUUUGCGGAGGGUUUCCACGGCGACAGCACCCCUUUCGACGGCGUGGGCGGAUUCCUGGCUCACGCCUUCUUCCCCGGGGCUGGAAUUGGUGGGGACACUCACUUUGACUCGGCCGAGCCCUGGACCGUCAACAACCAGGAACUGAUGGGUAACGACAUUUUCCUGGUGGCGGUGCACGAGCUGGGACACGCCCUGGGCCUCGAGCAUUCCAAUGACCCCAGCGCCAUCAUGGCCCCCUUCUACCAGUGGAUGGACACGGAGAACUUUGAGCUGCCAGAGGACGAUCGGCGUGGGAUCCAGCAGCUGUAUGGAUCCCCUGACCAUGUCCCUCCACCCAAGCCCACCAAGAGGGCCCCAACUCUGCCCCCCAAGGUGCCCAAAGUGCCCACCAAGGACCCCUACCACCCCACCAAGCCUGCCUCUCCCUACGGACCCCGGAUCUGCGAUGGGAACGUCGACACUGUCACCUUCCUCCGGGGGGAGAUGUUCGUCUUCAAGGAGAAGUGGUUCUGGCGGAUUCGGGAGAACCGGGUGCUGGAUGGUUACCCGAUGCCCAUCGGGCAUUUCUGGCGGGGUCUGCCCAGCAGCGUCAACGCGGCCUAUGAGCGGAAGAACGGUGACUUCGUCUUCUUCAAAGGGGAUCGGUACUGGGUGUUCAAGGAGGCCACAUUACAGCCACGCUAUCCCAGGAACCUGAGGGAACUGGGCGCCCGUCUCCCCAGGGACCGGAUUGAUGCAGCCUUGUCGUGGAGCGUGAACGGCAAGACCUACUUCUUCCGGGGGAACAAGUAUUACCGGUACGAUGAAGAUUCGCGAACUGUGGACAGAGAUUACCCGAGACCAAUCAGUUUCUGGCAAGGAGUCCCCGACUCACCCAAAGCUGCAUUUGUAUCUGAAGAUGGAGCCUUCACCUACUUCGUCAAGGGCAACCAUUACUGGAAGUUUAACAACCAGCACCUGAAAGUGGAGCCAGGGUACCCCAAGUCGGUCCUGCGAGACUGGUUCGGUUGCGGCUCGGACCCCGGACUGGACACAGAUGAGGAAAUCGUGGUGGAGGUGGACGAGACCCCUCUGGGGAUCAACCCAGCCGCCAUCAUCGUGCCGGUGCUGCUGCUGAUGGGUGUGGUGGUCCUAGCGUGCCUGGUUGUCGUCUUCAAGAGGAACGGGACCCCGAAGCGCCUGCUCUACUGUCACCGCUCCCUGCUGGACAAAGUGUGAGAGAAGCGACACUGCCGCACUCUUCCCCCCCCCCUACCACCACCACCCACCCCA